UUAAGUUUAUACAAGACCUCUUAAGAUCUCAUAGUGGAAUUACUCUUAUCAACAAGAUAGAUCUAAAACUCAGAUUGAUACUACAUCAUUCGAGAUUAAAAGUAUUCAAUUUGGGACUUGCAGAUUUUGCUUUAUUUACAGCAUCUGAAUACAAAAAUAUGAUGAAAAUUAUGCUAUUUGUUCUUGAAAGUCUAAUUGAAGAGAAAAAAAUGAGUUUCUUACUCAUAUAUUCAUUAAUUGGAACAAAUAUAUUAUCAAUCAAGGCAGCAUAA